AUGGCUGAUAUUAACCUCAAAGAAGUAACCUUAAUAGUAGGUGUGGUUAUUGCCUGCUACUGGAACAGCCUAUUCUGUGGUUUUGUUUUUGAUGAUGUUUCAGCAAUACUGGAUAAUAAAGAUCUGCAUCCAUCUACACCUUUAAAAACUUUAUUUCAGAAUGAUUUCUGGGGAACCCCUAUGUCCGAGGAGAGAAGUCACAAGUCCUACCGACCCUUAACAGUAUUGACAUUUCGCUUAAAUUAUAUGUUUAGUGAACUAAACCCAAUGUCAUAUCAUCUCCUAAAUAUGAUUUUUCAUGCUAUGGUUAGUGUGGUAUUUCUUAAAGUCUGCAAACUUUUUCUGGACAACAAGAGCGGUCUGAUUGCUGCUCUGCUUUUUGUAGUGCACCCCGUACAUACAGAAGCAGUAACAGGUGUUGUAGGAAGAGCAGAACUUUUGUCAUCUAUCUUUUUUCUAGCUGCAUUUUUGUCAUAUACAAAAUCAAAAGGACCAGAUAAUUCCAUAGUGUGGACUCCAAUUGCAUUGACAGUGAUUUUAGUGGCUAUUGCAACACUGUGUAAAGAACAAGGCAUAACAGUUGUGGGAAUAUGUUGUGUAUACGAAGUAUUUAUUGCCCAGGGGUAUACUUUGCCAUUAUUGUGUACUACUGCUGCACAGUUUCUCCGUGGAAAGAGUAGUAUUCCAUUUUGUCUGCUACAGACACUAAUAAAACUGAUUGUCUUGAUAUUCAGUACAUUAUUACUUGUGGUAAUUAGAGUCCAGGUUAUUCAGUCCCAGCUUCCAGUAUUUACAAGAUUUGAUAACCCAGCUGCUGUAAGUCCAACUCCUACAAGGCAGCUAACAUUUAACUACCUUCUUCCUGUGAAUGCUUGGCUUCUAUUAAAUCCUUCAGAUCUCUGCUGUGAUUGGACCAUGGGAACAAUACCACUAAUAGAGUCAUUUCUAGAUAUUCGAAAUCUUGCCACUUUUGCUUUCUUUUGCUUUCUGGGGGUUUUGGGAAUAUUCAGUCUCCGGUACCCUGGUGAUUCCUCAAAGACUGUAUUAAUGGCACUUUGUUUAAUAGCAUUACCUUUUAUUCCUGCAUCAAACCUUUUUUUUCCUGUUGGAUUUGUUGUUGCUGAGCGAGUGCUAUAUGUUCCUAGCAUGGGAUUCUGUAUUUUGGUAGCCCAUGGAUGGCAGAAAAUUUCAAAUAAAAGUGCAUUUAAAAAGCUAUCCUGGGCCUGUCUCUCAGUGGUGAUACUUACUCAUGCCUUAAAAACACUUCACAGAAAUUGGGAUUGGGAGUCUGAGUAUACAUUAUUUAUGUCAGCCUUGAAGGUAAAUAAAAAUAAUGCCAAAUUAUGGAAUAAUGUUGGUCAUGCUCUGGAAAAUGAAAAGAACUUUGAGAGAGCUUUGAAAUACUUCUUACAAGCUACCCACGUUCAGCCAGAUGAUAUUGGUGCUCACAUGAAUGUAGGAAGAACUUACAAAAAUUUAAAUAGAACUAGAGAAGCUGAAGAAUCUUACAUGAUGGCUAAGUCACUAAUGCCUCAAAUUAUUCCUGGUAAAAAAUACGCAGCCAGAAUUGCCCCUAACCACCUAAAUGUUUAUAUCAAUCUGGCCAACCUGAUCCGAGCAAAUGAGUCCCGCCUAGAAGAAGCAGAUCAGCUGUACCGACAAGCAAUCAGCAUGAGGCCUGACUUCAAGCAGGCUUAUAUUAGCAGGGGAGAAUUGCUCUUAAAAAUGAAUAAGCCUCUCAAAGCAAAGGAAGCAUAUCUUAAAGCACUAGAGCUGGACAGAAAUAAUGCAGAUCUUUGGUACAAUUUGGCAAUUGUGUAUAUUGAACUCAAAGAACCAAAUGAAGCCCUAAAAAACUUCAAUCAUGCUUUAGAACUAAAUCCAAGGCAUAAGCUAGCAUUAUUCAAUUCUGCUAUAUUAAUGCAGGAAUCAGGUGAAGUUAAACUCAGACCUGAAGCUAGAAAACGACUUCUGAACUAUGUAAAUGAAGAGCCAUUAGAUGCUAAUGGUUAUUUCAAUUUGGGGAUGCUUGCCAUGGAUGACAAAAAGGACACUGAGGCAGAGAUUUGGAUGAAGAAAGCCAUUAAAUUACAAGCUAACUUCAGAAGUGCUUUGUUUAAUCUGGCUCUCCUCUAUUCUCAGACUGCAAAGGAAUUAAAGGCUCUGCCAAUUUUAGAAGAGUUGCUCAAAUACUACCCUGACCAUAUCAAGGGUCUCAUUUUAAAAGGAGACAUUCUGAUGAAUCAAAAGAAAGAUAUACUUGGAGCAAAAAAAUGUUUUGAAAAAAUCUUAGAGAUGGAUCCAACCAAUGUCCAGGGGAAACACAAUCUUUGUGUUGUUUAUUUUGAAGAGAAAGACUUACUAAAAGCAGAAAGAUGUCUGGUUGAAACAUUGUCAUUAGCACCACAUGAAGAAUAUAUUCAGCGCCAUUUGAAUAUAGUCAGGGAUAAAAUCUCAUCUGGUUUUGUAGAACAGCCAGUACUCCCACCUGGGAAGAAUACAGAUGAAGAAGGAGAAAACUUAAUUCCAGCUGAAGAUGUAAAGGAAAUCAGAAGUGAGUCUAGACCAACACAGAUAACGGAAACAAGUGAUGAUAAAAGUCAGUCUAAACCCAACAAACAAUUGCAGAAAAAUACAGACAAAGAGGUGCCUCAAAAAACAAAAGAUAUUAAAGAAAUUGAGAAGAAAAGAGUUGCUGCUUUAAAAAGACUAGAAGAGAUUGAACGUAUUUUAAAUGGGGAAUAACAUUAUUAUCAUGUGACAAUGAUAUCAAAGGACUUUAAUUUUUAUCAUGUGAUUCCUUGACUGGGAGCUUUGAAAAAUAUCAUGGACAUGUAACUGUCUUACAAGGUGCCUCUACAUGGGAUCAAAGUAAGAUUUUUCAUUUAAGAUCUGUCUUGGCCCCUGAUAUGCAUUAUACAAGAUAUGGCAGAAGUUGUUAGUUUUGGUGAAUAUAGCAGAAAUAUCAAAUACCAAGUGACAAAUUUGCAACUUCUGUUAUAUAAAGAAGAAUUUUUUUGGCAAGAUAAUGUUUACUACUCUGAAUUUAAAAUAAUUUGAGGCUGAAUGAUGAUCCUUUGAGGACAUAUCCAACAUACACUUUUAUUCUGUGAAUUCCCAUUUAUUAACCUACUUCAAUUUCCUCUUACCUCUUGGAACAUUGUGAUGGGUUGAAAACACCUACUAACACUUUUUUCUUCAGCAAUUCUUCUGUUAAACCAAGGAAUUUUGCACUACAAAAGAAUACUGGCUUCUUUAUGUUAUAUUCUUUGAUUUUUAGAAGGAAUGCUGGGUAAAAUGUUUUAAAAUGAAUCAUAUAACCUGUUACCUUAAGAAUGUAUUUUCAUAAUUGCGUACAUGUCCUUAAUUUAACUCUAAAAUUUAGUUUUUAACAAGGUAAGGUUUGUACACACACACCCAUAUAUGUACAUAUACAUAUUUCUAAUGGUGCUCAUGAAUACUGUAUUUUGCUUUUUCACAUCAAGUGUCACAACAUGGACUACAUAAUCAAGACUGUUCUUUCACUUUACUUGCAAAUUUUUGUUUCUUAGGGGCAUAGUCAUAUUUAGAAGCCUCAGUAACUUAAAACUUUUAAGAAAUAACAUAGUAAACUUUUCUUUCAUCUUAAUGUUGACUCUGAUUUUAUUUGAAUUUUAAUUUUCUGUUUCCAAAGUCAUACCUUAAUCAUUCUUAGAUACUUUAAGCCACUAACUUCACUUCUGUUUAACUGAAGGUAAAACAAUGUGACAAAGUUUAUUUUUAACACUAAAUUCUUGAUAUCUUCUUGUGGUAUAUAUUUUUAUUAAAUAUUUAUUUUGACUACUGAGCUUUCAUAAAAAUUUUAAAGCCAUUUUAAUUCUAUAAAGUAUGGAAAACUAAUUCCUAGUGUAUUUGCCUAUAUGUGCUAUAUAUAUUAUAGUUUAACCAAAAUCAUGUCAUUUUUGGCCUUUCUCCAGUUACAAAAAUAAUAACCUAAUAACAGAUUAAUAAAUGUGUCAUUUGGUUUUGGCAAUUUUAAAUUUGGAAAAAUGUUAGGUUAAAAGUAGAUACAAAUCACAAAUGUGUUAAAUAUUUGUUUUUCUUGAGUUAAGAUAUAUUUCAAAUGAGUUUUUGUAAUACCUAAUGAAGUUGAUUUAGUUUAAAAUGUUAAAGCUCAAACUAUUAUUCUGAGAUAAGUAAUUUCUAAUUCUGCAGUAUUUCGAAAACUUUUUUAGUUCUUUUGAGAUAACUAAUUUCUAAUUAUAUAUAUCUCAGAAACCAUAUUCCUAUAACUUUUUUAAAGAAAUGUUUUAUAAAUAGGUCACAAGAAAUAUGGUCUGCAUUAAAGACCUAGGCUUAUUGAAUUCCCAGAGGAUCUGGCAUAGAUUUUUCUUUUUGUUCUUUCAUUCUCUCUCUCUUUUUUUUAAAGGCAGUUUAAAGCAAGCACUGAUAUCAGGGGUAUUAAUUUGUGACCCAAGCGAUUCUGUUGAACAUCAGAAUCUAAUUUCAGUUCUUAAAUUAUGGCUUUGUGACUUCAUAUAUAAAGUGGAGAAUACCUCAUAUACUGUGACUUGAAAAAUGAAAUUAUGUUAUUAUUUUUUCUCCAUAUAUUCUGAGGAAAAGUUUCUGAGUAUGAUCACUUCAGGUACAGUUUCAAGUGAAGGACAGUUCAGGAAAGUAAUAGGAAAUCUUAUGAUAGCAAACUAUAAUAAAAGUUUGAAAAAUAUUUUAAUGAAUUGUUCUGUGUAUUCACAUGAUAAAAGUAUAUAUUAAUGUUAUCCAAUGAUUUCUAAUGGAAAGCCCUUAUUAGCCCUUAGGGUCUGUUGAAUAGGAAGUACUCAUGUAUUUGAAUUUGAAAUAAUUUAUUUAAAUCAAAUCCAUCCCAAGUCAUUAAUUAUUGUUCAAAUCAAGGAGCCUCAAUAAAGAUACCACAUUAGUUAAAUUUGAAGUUCUGGAAGAUGGAGCCAUGCUUCAAAAUUUUUUCCUAUACUCUGAUUCUGAUUUGUUCUUAUUGUUAAGCACUACUGCUCUAAAUUAGUUCAGUAAAAUCUGUCUCUCGUGUUAGUUUUUAAAUCAGUAGUAACCCAAUUUAGUUUUGAUGAUUUAAGUUCCACAAAGGAGUAUAUUCUGAUAAGUAAUAUUCCUUGAAGGAAGAUCUCAAGUUCCAUCCACUUGCUUAUGUGUAAGAUUACUAUGUCUCAUCUACAAAUUCAAAAUAAAAACUCUAUUCAAACUGUUCAGGUGAGAAAAGUAAUGGAUUUUUUUCCUUGAGAGCUUUCUUUUUGAAGAGAUGGAGGGGACAGAUAAGCUUAGUUCACUAAACCAUGGUUCCAGAGUUGUGGAUAUCUGUUAAAUUUGGAAAAGAAAGUGUCACAGAUUUGUGUCCUGGUAAAUGGAUGGAGUUAAUUCUCACUACUUUGCAAAAUACUCUGCUCCCCAGGAGUUCUAGCAAAGCUUUGACAAUCCCCAAGGAGCAGUGUCAUUUUACUCCUUCACUACCUAAAAUGAAGUUUCUCAAGUUGCUCCUAUGUGUGUUUCCUUUUUAACAUUUGGAAAUAGGAACUUGAAAUUAUUCCAGUAAGUAGUUUUCUGAAGUUUCUGUGGAGAAUAAAGUAAAUAUGUAAUUUUGUUUUGGAAAUUUGUGUUUGCUAUUCUAUAAAUAUUUGAUGAGUGAAUUACAUUAUUCUAAUAAAACCCCAUGCCUUUUCAUUACAUCUAAUUUGAGAUCUGAAUUUCAUGUUAUACAAUGCUUCUUUAAAGAUGCUUUAAUUAAAAAUAUUAAGAAAAUAUAUAGAUUUGUAUGUCAAUUUAUACUUCAGAAAUCCAUAUAUUUGUCAUAUUUAUUUUUUUAAAAAGCCUCCUAAUCGCAUGACUUAAAUGGUAUUUAAAAUGAACUCCCCUCAAAAUAUCUGGUAACUUUGUCCAAAAUUUUAUGUGUUGGAAGCUGUCAGCCAUCCAUGUUGAAAGUUAUUUUAAAAUUGUAUGUAUUUUAUAUUACUAUGGUGUCUGUGUGUACCAUAUUUCUAAAUA